UGGUAAACGACUGAACCCCCUAUUGAAUACAGGCAGAGCAGCAGAAAGAGAGAAGGGCUGAGCUGCGACACUCAGUCACAGAGAGGCAGAGGUGUGAAUGAGUUAGGCAGAGGAAGAAAGGGAGCCUUGGAAAGUAAUAGCAGGUUUUCUGUUUCAUAUCGGUUGAAAGUAGGAAAAGAGAUUACAACAUAUCCGGGAGAGAGAAAAGAAAGGGAGAGUGCCCUAUAAUUUCUUUUUUAGACGGGUUUGCCUUACUUCUCCACCCGAGCAAAGAGUGCUGUUUCAGGGACACUAAGGACCCCGGGUUGCAAUGAUAAGGAUUUUGGUAACGUGCGUCUCCAUGGUGUCCAUCAUCGCGAUGGUGGCCGGUGCUCGUGGUGGAUACGGAAUGAGUAUGUUCGCGGCUCAAUCCUCUCCUCCGGACCCGUGUUACGACGAAAACGGCAACCCCAGACGGUGCAUCCCCGAUUUUGUGAACUCCGCGUUCGGAAAGGACGUGCGCGUCUCCAGCACCUGCGGCACUCCGGCGUCGCGGUACUGCGUGGUGACCGAGAAGGGCGAGGAAAGAUCGAGGGACUGCAACAUCUGCGACGCCACGGACCCCAAGAAGUCGCAUCCACCCGCGUACCUAACAGACCUCAACAACCCUCACAACCUCACCUGCUGGCAGUCGGAGAACUACGUGCAAUACCCGCAGAAUGUGACUCUGACGCUGUCUCUGGGGAAGAAGUUCGAGGUGACUUACGUGAGCCUCCAGUUCUGCUCUCCUCGCCCUGAAUCCAUGGCCAUCUUUAAGUCCAUGGAUUACGGGAAAACCUGGGUGCCGUUUCAGUUCUACUCAACCCAGUGCAAGAAAAUGUACAACAAACCGAGCAAAGCUGCGAUCACCAAGCAGAACGAGCAGGAAGCGAUCUGCACGGACUCGCAUACGGACAUGCAGCCGUUAACAGGUGGGCUCAUCGCGUUCAGCACGCUGGAUGGCAGACCCUCCGCGCACGACUUUGACAACUCUCCCGUCCUGCAGGACUGGGUCACGGCCACCGAUAUCAAAGUGACCUUUAACCGGCUGCACACGUUCGGCGAUGAGAACGAGGAUGACUCGGAACUCGCCAGGGACUCGUAUUUUUACGCCGUGUCUGACCUGCAGGUCGGCGGUCGCUGUAAGUGUAACGGGCACGCGUCAAAAUGCGUAAAGGACCGAGAAGGGAACCUAGUGUGCGAGUGCAAGCACAACACGGCGGGACCGGAGUGUGACAGGUGUAAGCCCUUUCACUACGACCGGCCGUGGCAACGCGCGACGGCCAGAGAGGCGAACGAAUGUGUCGCCUGUCACUGUAACUUACACGCCCGCCGCUGCCGCUUCAACAUGGAGCUGUAUAAGCUAUCGGGCCGCAGGAGUGGAGGAGUCUGUCUCAACUGCAGACACAACACAGCCGGACGCCACUGCCACUACUGUAAAGAGGGCUACUACAGAGACAUGACCAAGGCCAUCUCACACAGACGCGCCUGCAAAGCUUGUGAUUGUCAUCCGGUUGGUGCAGCUGGUAAGACCUGUAACCAGACGACCGGACAGUGCCCAUGUAAAGAUGGUGUGACUGGGAUCACCUGCAACCGCUGCGCUAAAGGAUACCAGCAAAGCAGAUCACCUAUCGCCCCCUGUAUCAAGAUUCCUGCUGCUGCACCCACAGCCACCUACAGCAGUUCAGAAGAGCCCACAGACUGUGACUCCCAUUGUAAGACUCCUAAGGGCAAGAUGAAGGUCACCAUGAAAAAAUACUGCAAAAAAGACUUCGCUGUCCAGGUUCACGUGCUAAAAGGAGAUAAAGCGGGCGAAUGGUGGAAAUACACUAUCAACAUCAUUUCCGUCUAUAAGCAGGGCGGACAUCGCAUUCGCCGAGGAGACCAGCUCCUUUGGAUCCGCGCUAAAGACGUGGCCUGCAAGUGCCCCAAAAUUAAACCCGGGAGGAAGUACCUGCUGAUGGGCUCUGAUGACGACGACUCCCGCGGUCAGAGCGGCGUGGUGGCGGACAAGGGCAGCCUGCUCAUCCCGUGGAAGGACCUGUGGGCCCGUCGGCUCAGGAAAUUCCAGCAGCGUGACAAGAGGGGCAAGUGCUAGAGAAAAACAUGGAGGAAAAACAGAGAACAGGAGAGAAAAAAUAAUGACCCGAGCAACGUCGGAGCAGAUCGAUUGACGACGGAUCAGAACUGCGGUGAAGGACAACCAGUUGUUUUGUUUUUUUUUGUCCCAUCAAGAUUUUAUUUUUUCAUAUCUUCAAUUUUGCAGAAUUUGCACCUACUAUUAAGUAUACAUAUAUGUAAAGUCGUUUAUGUGUGAUCCUUUCUGGUGUCUCUUUAUGAUUUCUGUCUUUUUCCAUAAAGGAUAAAAAAAGAAACAAGCUACUGAGUCAGUUUAUCUACAUGAAUGCUUUCCUUCAGAAGAAGUGUGUUGGCGGUCGACAUUUCAGUACAAACAGUGGGAUCCAAAAGUCUGAGGUCACCUUGAAAAUCUGGAUUUAAAACCUGGAAAAUUUUAGAAGUUAAAAAUUGAAUUACAAAAAUUUGUAAAAUAUUUAAUGUAUUAUGAAAAAUGAUACAACCUGUGGUAAAGAGGAGUUGAGUCAACAGGACCCUGGUUGUGAAAUGAAAUGAAAUGAAAUGAAAUGAAAUGAAAUAAAAUAAAAUAAAAUAAAAUAAAAUAAAAUAAAAUAAAAUAAAAUAAAAUAAAAUAAAAAUGAUAAUCUGAUUUUUUAAUAAAACAUUUUGUUCUAAAUUUGAAAAAUGCUAAAUGAAAGCACUUUCGUUUGCGCCCUCAGAUUUUUGGGCCCCACUGUAUAUUAUUUAGUGUUUGCAGCAUUUGCAUAUGCAUGAUUAUGAUAGAAUCAUUAAAAAAAAAAAGAUCUGUUAAGCCAAUACUUGCCAAAACGCCAUAUAGCAUCCUUUACGUUCCUUCCUCUCAGAUAGAAAAUCUGUUGACAUUACCUCACUGUUGCUGUUCAGAAUGAUUUGUGAUUGGUUCAAAAUGGCAUGACAUCAUAAUGACAUCAUAAGGUUUAUUUGGUGCCAAAAGCAGUGCCGACACUUUUGGCCUUUGAUACUAACUGUGGUGAUCUUUAAAGUGUGAAAUGUACCUUCUGUUCCACAACUAGUUGUAGUUUGAGUUUAGUUAUACAAAUAGAGUAUUAUUUUUAACCACUUUAUGAUUUUUGAGUUCAUAAAGAGUUCAUGAUUUUUUUAAAAAAGAGUUUUUUUUUUCAUUAUGAACAAGAAGUUCCGUUUUAACUGUUAAAAAAAAAAAAAAUGUAGGUCACAAUUAUAAUAGGAGUAUCUUAUUAUAUUUAUAAAGAUUUUCCAGAUGCAAUAAUCUCAUCAUUAAGAGUGAAAAAAAAUCUGACAAGCUUAAUGUCCUUCAAGAGUUUGGUGAAAUUUUAGUGUUCUAGAUACUAAAUUUGCAACAUUUUGUAUGUCAUUGCUAAAGUUUAGUGAUAAAGUGAUGGAGGAUAUAAAAAAACACAAUGUACACAAGCCUGAAUGGUCUUUAUUUAGCAGCGUAUGCAAACGCAAGGUUUCAUCCACCAAAAUAAGUCAGAUAAAAAUGGCUAUUGUUAUUCAGAGAAACAAACCAUUUUCUGUUAUCACUUAUGUGGUACCUUUCUUUCUUCUGGUACUUUACUAAGGUGAUAUGCUCUACUGUUUUUUGUAUAGUUGUAUAGUUUUUUGUACAAUAUUUAGUAGAUUAUAUUCACAUGCCAUUAACCAUUUUUUAUGCCAUGAACUUGAUAUUCUGAAAAUAAGAUUUUUUUUUUAUAUUUUCUUUGUUUACAUGAGUUGAUAGUUUAGUGAGAUGGUUGUACUAUGUCUGUGUGACAGGAAAAUGCACGCGCACACACACACACACACACACACACGAACACACACUUUAACAUUCAGUCACUGUCCAGCUCUGAAACUCUGACAGUGCCUAUGAACUGAAAGUCAGUGACUAUGGUUUAUUAAAACUCACAGAUGGUCUAGUUCUUUGGAGACACUCUGACCUCACAAGUAGACUUUGACCAGUUUUCCAGACAUUUUGGAAAAUGAACAUUUUUUUUUUCUUUUAUUGCAAUGUUCAUUUACAAUGUUCAUGGUCCUCCUGUAUAUGAUGUUUUACUGUGUACUUUGCAAAAGCUGUGUAUUGUCCCGUAAUGCAUACUAAUAUAUUAUGAUUCUCAUAAAUGAACAUAUUUAAUGAUACAUGAA